CAUUAAUUAAAGUUAUUUUGUGUAAAGUGCAUCUGCAUGUUUGUAACAGAGAGGGUGCGUAUCUUUUCGAGACUGUAACUGAAUCAAAACACACCGAGAUUCAGCUUGGAUUAGUUUUUCUUUCUGUUAGUUAUUCUGAUAAAGUGUGCAAACACAACCCCCUCGUUGAAGCGACUGAGGUCAACGGGACACACUGUUAUUAUAAAGAUGGCGUUUAUUAAAGAGGAGAGUGAAGACGUGAGGAUUGAAGAAUCUUUCAGAGACAAACACGAAGAAACUGAGACACAAACAGGCCUGAGGGUGCUGAAGGAGGAGGGUCAAGAACUGAAUAAAAAGGAAAUUAAGCAUCAAUAUGAGAAACAUCAUUCAUUAAUAAGAGGAGAAAAAUCUUUAAGUUGCUCACAGAAUGAAAAGACUUUGUCACGAAGAAGAGCUCAAACGACUAGUCAAACUAGUAGUCAUUUCGAUCAACAUGGAAACCUUGAUGUUGACAUGAGAAUUCACAUGGGAGACAAGCCAUUCUCCUGCCAGCAGUGUGGGAAGAGCUACACCUCGAAAGGAAGUCUUAAAGACCACAUGAAUAUUCACACUGGAGAGAACCCUUUCACCUGCCAACAUUGUGGAAAAAGUUUCAUUCGAAAAGGAAACCUGACUGUCCACAUGAAAAUUCACACUAGAGACAGCCCAUUCACCUGCCAGCAGUGUGGGAAAAGUUUUGUUCAGAAAGGUAGUCUUAAAUCCCAUAUGAGAGUUCACACUGGAGAGAGUCCUUUUAUCUGUCAACAAUGUGGAAAAAGUUUCACUCAAAAAGGAAACCUGAAAGUCCACAUGAGAAUUCACUCUAAAGAGACCCCAUUCUCCUGCCAACAGUGUGGAAAAAGUUUCACUCAAAAGGGAAGUCUUAAAGAUCACACGAAAAUUCACACUGGAGAGAACCCUUUCACCUGCCAGCACUGUGGAAAAAGUUUCAUUCGAAAAGGAAACCUGAAAGUCCACUUGCGGGUGCACACUAGAGAGAGCCCAUUCAGCUGCCAACAGUGUGGAAAAAGUUUUUCUCAGAAAGCAAGCCUUAAAAUCCACAUAAGAAUUCACACUGGAGAGAAGCCUUUCACAUGCCCUCAAUGUGGAAGGAGUUUUACACAUAAAGGAACCCUUAAUAACCACGUGACCACUCACACAGGAGAGAAGCCAUUUGUAUGUAGUCAGUGUGGAAAGUGCUUCCGAUUUACGGUAACCCUUAAAGACCACAUGAGGAUUCAUUCGAGAGAGAUUCGUUUUGUAUGCCAUCAGUGUGGAAGGAGUUUCACAGACAGAAAUGAUCUUAAGAAUCAUGUAGUAACUCACAUCGGAGAGAAGCCUUUCAUGUGCCAUUACUGUGGAAAGUCUUUUAAAAACAAUGCAAAUCUUGAGGUUCAUUUAAGAAUUCACACCGGAGAGAAGCCUUUCAGCUGCACUCGAUGUGGAAAGAGUUUCACAGUUAAAGGAAACCUUGACAUUCACAUGAGGGUUCACACUGGAGAGAGACCUUACAGGUGCCUUCGGUGUGAGAAGAGUUUCACAUAUCACACGGACCUGAAACGUCAUUUGCAAACUCAUUCUGGAGAGAAAUUCCAGUGUUCUGAGUGUGACAAGGGGUUUCGAAAAAUUUGCAAUUUCAGAAAACACCUGCAUAUGUAUUCCGGAGGAAGACCAUUUAAUUGUGUUAAGAGUAAAAGAGAAAUCCCAAAACUCUCAUCACACUUAGAGUUACAUAUGAAAAGGCAUGCAUAUGUGAGACUGUAUUCUUGUUCUUUUUGUGGAAAGAGUUUUAAAUGGCUCUGCCAUUUAAAAUGCCACCAGAAGAUGCGUAUCUGUGUGAAAUCAAAGCUGCGUUUACGUCACAGAUGACUGCGGCCCAAACUUGAUUUUCUGCUCAAAUAGGUUUUUUUUUUUUUUUUUUUUUUGAGGUUGUUCACAUGACAUUUUAAAAUCCUGUAAUUUUGUUUGUAUUGAGUUUUUUUCUUUUUUCAGUAUAAUACUUAUAAUCAGUAUGCUGUAGUCAUGUGUCUACAUUCAUAGCCGCGGGAACAUGUUUUAUCUGGGGGGUGCUUGAUGUUGCAGGACGGGGCCAUGGUGGGGGAUUUUUGACAAAAUCCUAAUAUUAAACAGCCUCUUAUAGAUUUACAUACAAAUUAAGAUGCAUAUGCGAACCAAUAUAUAUUUGUGUUUUUGUGAUUUUUAGUUCAAUGUUUUUAACAUUUCUAUUAUUCAAGGGGAUUUUACUCAAUUUUAUCAUCACUGAUAUUCAAAAGUUUUGGUCAGUGCACUUUGGCGAAUUCUCUCAUCAGAAACAACAAAGUGCAGAUGUACAUCAGAUAUAAAUAAGAGAUUAAUUCAUCAUACACUGCAGACAACAUCACUGAUUAUAACUUAUAGCUUUUUUUAGAGUGCUUACACUCACACUAGACUGAAUUCAGUGAUAUUCUUUGAUAAUGUAAAUGUUCUUUGCUCGCUGUAUAAUUUGAUUGAUGUUUAAAUAAUCGUGGACAUGCGGCAUUAUAAUUCAACUUAAAAUGUCUUUUUAUUAAACGUGAUCAGUUUAAACACAAA